GCGUAACAUGAUGUAGCAUGAUGUAGCAUGACUAAAUGUAACAUGACGUAACAUGAUGUAGCAUGACUAAAUGUAACAUGGCGUAACAUGAUGUAGCAUGAUGUAGCAUGACUAAACGUAACAUGACGUAACAUGAUGUAACAUGAUGUAGCAUGACUAAACGUAACAUGACGUAACAUGAUGUAGCAUGACUAAUUGUAACAUGGCGUAACAUGAUGUAGCAUGAUGUAGCAUGACUAAAUGUGACAUGACGUAACAUGAUGUAGCAUGAUGUAGCAUGACUAAAUGUAACAUGGCGUAACAUGAUGUAGCAUGAUGUAGCAUGACUAAACGUAACAUGACGUAACAUGAUGUAGCAUGACUAAAUGUAACAGGGCGUAACAUGAUGUAGCAUGAUGUAGCAUGACUAAAUGUAACAUGGCGUAUGAUGUAGCAUUGUUCAAAGCGACUAAGCCUACAAUGACUAAACGUAACAUGACGUAACAUGAUUUAACAUGACGGAACAAGUGUGUUGAAAAAUGCGUGACAUGAUACCACGUUAAACAACUUGUUGUGGAACUGUGUGUCUCCACGUCCCUGUCUCUUUCUCAGGCUGAUGUCUCCAGAGGAGACACCGAAGAAGUUUAUGUCUCUGGGCUCAAAGUUUCGAUACAGCGGUCGGACUCAGAUUCAGAGUCGCAGAGCCAGCGCUCAAAUCUCCAGACCGGCACCGCAUUUUCCACGGUGCGUCAGCAAGAGGAACAUUCUGAGCCGCAGCCUGGACGGAGCUUCGAGGACCACGCCCACGUCCUUUCUCAUUGGCUCUCCGGCCAUCACGUACCCCAAAGCCAACAGUGGUACACACACAGAUAUGGGGGUUGGGCUGUACGGAGCGUCUAAAGCCAUCGCCGUUAGCAACCUCAUCACCACGGUAACGUCCGACAGGAUGAUGGAUGAAAGUAGGUCGAAAAAAGUUGAGGAGGUUCUGGUGGUGGAGGAGGAGGAAGAGGAGAGCACCAGAGAAACAGAGCUUUCUCAGCAGAGUCCCCCUACUCCCCAAAAGCAAGAAACCAAGACGGAGCUGACUGAUACAGGUGUAGAUGGAGAUCUAACAGCCACUGAGUCUGAUCAGGACGAGGACCUGAAGACUCAGGAGACAAUGGGGAGUCCAGAGGAGGAGCAGAAGCCUCAGAGCACCAUCAGCGCCCUAAGGCGCUCCUUCUUAGAGGGAGGAGGAGCAGGUGGAGGAGGAGGGCAGGGGGUGACAGAGUGGGAGAAACGUCUCGCCUCCUCUCCUCUACGACGAGUCGACGACUCGCCGAUGAUCGAACCUCUGGAACCAGAUGAGGGCCUCCCACUGGACAGCAGUUCCACAUCGGAGGGCGGGUUCAUAGUGAACCAAGCUCCUCCUCAGCUAAUCAGAGAGAAGAGCUACACUGUGGGGCAGAGCUACGACACAGCGUCUGGAAGGGUCGUUACCAUGACGAUGACAGACGGCAGCUCCGAUGUCACCACGACAACAGCGAGUAUGGAGAUGGGCAGGCAGGUUAGGAUCAUCCCGCUGUCCACUACUGAUCAUGUCAUCGCUGGGAGACCGUUGAUCACCAUUCGGAAGCCUAAACCUACGUUUGAUGAAAUGUCUCCUGAGCUGACGGCUCUGCUGAACUCAGCCAGAGAACAAAACACCUUCAGGGAACACAACCUGCUGAAGGUGCCCGUCUCCCUGUCUCUGUACCUUUGUGUCUCCCUAUCUGUGUCCUUGUCUGUCUUCCAGUCUCUGUACCUCUGUGCCUCCCUAUCUGUGUCCUUGUCUGUCUUCCAGUCUCUGUACCUCUGUGCCUCCCUAUCUGUGUCCUUGUCUGUCCUCCGGUCUCUCUGUCUCCCUAUCUGUGUCCUUGUCUGUCCUCCAGUCUCUGUGUCUCCCUAUCUGUGUCCUUGUCUGUCCUCCGGUCUCUGUCUCACAUUAAUUAACUUUUUGUCUUUGCUUCAGACUUCUGAGAAGGUGGAGACGGUCUUCCUGAUGACGGAGCCAUGUGACAAGGACCAGCCAAUGGCGGAUGAGCCUCAGGUAGCAACAAGUAAUCUGGUGGGCCCGCCGCCAACUAACCCCCCACCCCCUCCACCGGGGGCCUGCAUGACGCAUGCUGAUGAUGUCGCAGAGGAACGGGCUAGUGAUGACGACAGUCGCAAUUCUAAUGAUGCUAACCACAAUAAUAGCGCAGCACAUGAACGCAAAGUCAGCUAUUUUGAUGGCAGUGACGACGAGGCAAAUAGCCUAGCUAGUGACGGCGAUACUAGCGAUACUAGCGGUGCUAGCGAAGAUGCUAUCAGUGUGGUGGCACGGGCAGCUGUGGAGGAAGCCAUGGAGGCCGCAGUCAGACAGGCUCAGAGCCCGGAUGCUAACGAUGGUAAUCAGGAUAGCAUCAAUGCUAACUUUGUAGUUACCCAAGGUGAGCAAGAGGGGGUGAACAAAGGCCCCAGGACCACACCCCACUCCGUUCUUGGCUCCCAGCAUUACCAAGGCAAGCAGGAUUCCGAAGACUCAGCGGAGGUGGAGGAAGGGUGGAGUUUCAGAGAAAACUCCCCCUCUUUGCCUCGCCUCUCUUCAGGGAGCAGUCAGACGCAGCCAUCUGACCACAGUGAUGACGAUGAUGAGCAGGAGGUAACACUGAAAAUUGACUCAUGCCCCAGUUAAACCUGCCCAGUGACUCCUGCCCAGUGAAUCCUGCCCCAGUUAAACCUGCC